AUGGAGGCAACCCAAGAAUCAACUCAGCCAUACACGGACCCUCGACGCGGCGGGCUUAAUGCUUCUGGAUUACUUGAAGAAGACUUGUCAGACGUCAUUUGUAUCCUCCACCCUAGCUCCCCUCAGGCUCUCGAGGCGGUGGCGGCUACAGCUCGUGUCGCGCCCUGGCAUAUUUUGCAGAGAGACGAUCUGGAGUAUGAAGUCCCUAGCACUGCGGCCCUAGACAUUGCCCUUAGACUGUCUUCCAAUGUGAUGGACCCAAGCCGGGGAUUCUCCUUUGGGCGUACCAUCGGCCGUUCCGAUAUCCUCCUCUGUGCAGACAAUGGAUCCAAGCGUAUCUCCAACACCCACUUCCGCAUUUACAUCACAACCGAUUCCAUUCUCAUGCUUGAGGAUGUUUCUACGAACGGUACCAUUGUAGACAACUGCCGCCUAAAAAAACGAGACAGAGAAAACAGCCGGAUGCUAACGAACGGCUCCGUCAUUUCGGUCGUCAAUGGUGAUUACGCGACGAACGAAGUCAAGUUCGUGGUGCGUUUGCCUAAUAGAGAAGGGUUUACCGAUCUAUAUGCCAAGAACCUUCAGAAUUACCUUGGCCGAGUCUAUGGUGGCGCCCCUGGCACUGUGCAACCUGGGAGACGUCACCCGUCAGCCCUCAGCAUUCCGCCAUGGAAUAGUCACGGGAUGCAUUGGUCGGGUGGCCCAACUUACAAUGUCACCGGCCAGAUUGGAAAGGGUGCAUUUGCUGUGGUUUAUAAGCUGGCUACAAAACAACAUGGAGCCGUGUUUGCGGCCAAGGAACUCGACAAACGCCACUUCAUGAAGAAUGGUGUUUUGAAUCAAAAAGUUGAUAAUGAGUUGAAGAUCAUGAAAGAUCUAAAGCAUCCAAACAUUGUCCAGUACAUUGAUCACCAUGAGCAUGACCGCUGGAUCUAUAUCAUCAUGGAGUACGUCCCUUGCGGCGAAUUAUCAACGUAUUUACAGAACAUGGUCAACAUUCCUGAGGAUAUGGUGAAAACAAUUGCACGUCAAAUACUCCACGCGCUGAAAUAUCUUCAUAAGCGAAAAAUCACACAUCGUGACAUCAAACCGGACAAUAUCCUGAUCGCAUCCCAUGAGCCACUGAAAGUGAAGCUCUCGGAUUUUGGCCUGUCCAAAGUUGUCCAAGAGGAGACGUUUCUCAAAACUUUUUGCGGGACUCUCCUCUACUGCGCUCCAGAGGUCUACCCUGAGUACGAUAUGUAUCGACGUGGGGAGGUGAGGAAGCGACGCAGGGUCGGUGAUCCGCUCCCGAAAACCUCCCCAUAUGAUCAAUCCGUGGAUAUGUACUCCUUGGGUGCUGUUCUUUACCACCUCCUAGCUGGCAUUCCUCCAUACACCGGCCGAGGCGAUGACAGAGGAGCACAGAUGUUACGAACAAUUAUGACAACAGAACCAGACUAUCAGAUACUCCGCGAAGCUGGCGUCUCCGAGGAGGGCAUUGACUUGGUAUCUAAGCUGUUGAACCGUGACCCUCAGCUUCGUCCCAAGGAGCUGGAGUGCCUCAAACACCCUUGGCUAGUUGAUAUCCCCGACAUUGACGAAUACGAAGAUGACGACUUACUGUCCAAUUACUCAGACGGGCUUUCUGCUAUCGGUGAAGUCGCCGAGGAUGAGUUAGAUGCCUCUCAACUAUCCCUGGAAGAAAAUCCGGAUUUCGGAGACGAUUUAGCUGAGAACGACAGCGACCUUGCCCAAUCAAAACGCCCCAGGAUUAAUUCACCCCCUCCAGAUGUCGGUUAUCCGUCGCUGCCCAAACUUGAGGUUUCCCAGGACCAUCAGCAAAUAUCCCAUGCCACUCCGAGGCGCCUCUUCGGUGAAAUAACUUCAUCAGCUUUACGCAGCUCCCAUGCCUUGGGUGACAACAUGGAUGCAUUCGAGGAUGACCAUCACAGUGUCCAGGAUUUCAUUUCUUCUACCGGUGAGUCGAUGAUCAGUUAUGGCGGUAGCCUCAACUCCGUCCUAUCCCUCCCGGAAAACCCCGUUGCUGGAUCGGCACUUAGCUUACUGGGCGCUGAGAAACUCGUCCGGCAGCUCAACAUGAACUCGUGGCACCCUGGCACUUCCAGAAACCCUCUCCUCUCCACCGAGGCAGCAAGCCCUCAACCCAGUGAGGAUGAUGGGCUUGCUGACGAUAAAGUUCAAAAAGAAUUUCCGCAAGCUGGUUCUCUCAUGACCCCAAAAGCUGCCAAAUUCAAGCGACGAAUUGAGUUGCCCUUACCGGACACUGCGAGCGAACGUUCUGGCUCGGAUGAUAGUAAUAUGCGAGAUGCAGAUGGCCAAUAUAGGAACUUGACGCGCGAACCAGAGAUUUUUGACAUCGAACUUGCUAACACCAUCGACGCCAAAACCGGACAGCUGAUUCCCGAUUAUGCUGAAUCAAGGGGCUUUCAACCACCCGCAGACCCUUCCAGAGCUGGUGGGCCUGUUGGGGUCCUGAGACCCUUGCCGACACCAGGCGAGUCUCGACCCCUACUAGGAAAACUAACCACUCUUCCUGGGUCUAUCUUUGAUCUUACCCUCCGUCUGGAGGACCGAAUGACAUCUUGGGGCCGUGGUCCUCAGGCAAGUAUCUGUUAUCCUGACCCCAUGGAUGCGCGCAUUCCGGCCUACGCUCUUGAAAUCACUUUUUGGGCUCCAAGACUGGAAGAACGUAUUGCUUCUGGACAGGACUGGAUGACUAUCCCAGGGACAAUGGCCCAUCUUUCAACGAAAACGCGCAAGUGUAUCUGGGUGAACGAUGUUGAACUCCAGAAAGGUCCAGAAGGAGGCUUUCAUUUUGGCAAGCUGUAUACUGGUGAUAUCAUUACGGUAUAUCGGCACCGCAACAAGUUUCUGAAAUUCAAGUGCGAGUUUUAUCAUGGAGACAGCGCACGCGAACGACCUGAGAAUGAGAAAGGAUUUGUGGUACGCAAAGUCCUGACAUCUAAGAGCACAGCAGUCAAUCAGCAACCGGUGCGGCGCAACGCCAUUUCGAAAGAAUAGUUUUGUUCGACAAAAUCUCAAUGAUGAGACUUGGGCUACUUUGAUUUAAAGUGCACUUUUUUUGAGCUUUAGGAUGAGAAUGUAGGUAUUGGUGCUUUAGACUGCUGCCGCUUUUGGAGAUGUCCACCUCGAAACUAGAUACAACGCAACAUACAAAGCUGAUUAAUAGGAACUGGGAACAC